AUGGCGUCGAAAGGAGAGGAAAAGCAAUCAGAUGAAAAGAAAAGAAAAGUUCCUUUGUAUCCAGGCUUUCCAGAAUUAGCUCGGUCAGAUGUCAGUAUUUACCCAAGUUACUCUAAAUUGGGUGUGGCCUAUCGAGUUAUAUGUCGUCAUCGAUACCAUUGGGCUAAAGUUGCACAAAGGAAACAAUUCAUGAGUGAACUACAUAGUUUUGAAAAACUUCAGUUAAAUGCCCUAGGCGGUGUGAGGGUACAUCGAGAAUUUUCACAGGGAAUACUGUCGCAUAAGAUACCCCCGCGCCGAUAUAUACAGAAGUUAUCACCGGACCCUUUGAAUUUGAAACAAAGAAUGCGCAUUGAAGAAAUUAUAAGUGGAAGAGUUAAUUAUAGUAAAAAAUAA